AAAACAUAAGCGAGGCGUGCGCUCGACAUUGGCCCAAAAAAAGAAGUCCAAAACAAUUGGAGACAGCGAGACAUGGCAGAUCCAGUAGUAGCAUCACACCUGAGCUUAGUGCUCAAAGCUCACCCCACUAUUUCUUCGCCUUCCCAAUUUUUACUGCAACAACACUCAAAGCCAAUGGCUUCCUCUCUCAACAGCGCCGCCUCUUUGCGUCUCUUCGCUUCUUCUUCUUCCUCUUCCUCCGCCGCCGCUAGACUUUCUCUCCGUUCCACUUCCCUUUCUUUCUCUUCUUCUCUCAAAUCCCUCGCUUUCUCUACUCUUUCUCGCCACAAGAGGGGAUCGGCUGUCAGUGUGUCGAGUACCGGAGGGUUUAGCUCUGUAGCCAGUCCGAAAUGCGCUGCUUCGGAUCCUGAUCAGUUGAAGAGUGCUAGAGAAGAUAUCAAGGAGCUUCUCAAAUCCAAAUUCUGCCAUCCUAUUCUGGUUCGUCUAGGGUGGCACGAUGCUGGUACCUACAACAAGAACAUUGAGGAAUGGCCACGAAGGGGUGGUGCCAAUGGAAGUCUUAGGUUUGAAGUCGAGCUGAAACAUGCAGCAAAUGCUGGUCUUGUCAAUGCAUUGAAUCUUCUUCAGCAUAUCAAGGACAAGUACUCUGGUGUAACUUAUGCGGAUUUGUUCCAGUUGGCUAGUGCGACUGCUAUUGAGGAGGCUGGGGGACCCAAAAUUCCAAUGAAAUAUGGAAGAGUUGAUGUCUCUCGUCCUAAUGAGUGUCCUGAAGAGGGCAGGCUACCUGCUGCUGGACCCCCUUCGCCUGCCGAUCAUCUGCGAGAGGUUUUCUACCGAAUGGGAUUGAAUGACAAGGAAAUAGUUGCAUUAUCUGGUGCACACACGCUUGGGAGGUCCAGACCAGAUCGUAGUGGUUGGGGUAAACCAGAAACCAAGUAUACGAAAGAUGGACCAGGAGCACCAGGAGGACAAUCCUGGACAGUGCAAUGGUUGAAGUUUGACAAUUCAUACUUCAAGGACAUCAAAGCUAAAAGAGAUGAAGAUCUGCUUGUGUUGCCAACUGAUGCUGUUCUUUUUGAAGAUCCCUCUUUCAAGGUAUAUGCUGAGAAAUAUGCUGAAGAUCAAGAGACAUUCUUCAAGGAUUAUGCAGAAGCCCAUGCCAAACUUAGCAACCUUGGGGCCAAAUUUAACCCUCCAGAGGGCAUUGUUUUAGAUGAUGGUCCCAGAUAAGGUGCUGCACCAUAAAAGUUUGUGGCCGCCAAGUGCUCUGACAUGAAAGGAUUAAAAAGAAAGACAAGUCUCUUGGUUAUUGAAGUGGGGUCGUGUGUUAUAAUAAUACAAGGUCACAUGUUACAACUUUUUUCAAAGUCCAAAACUGAAAGAGGAAAGAGAAAAUAAAAUUCAGUUCGAGUGCUUUUGAAUUGCAGAGAGAGAAGCAGAAGAUUGGAGUAGUAGAGGAAGCAUUUGGUGGAAGCCCCGAUGAGGCUCUACCAACCAACUAUUGGUUAUCAUAGACAUUUCUUCUUGCUUCUUAUUAUCAUUGUCAGCAGUGUUUGAAACUGAACUCAUUUAAUGGUAGUAGGAGCAUUUUGUUUUUAAUUUCCUUUUUUGCUCUCAUGCUGCUUGUCUAAUAUCUAUUUGGACGUUUGUUGAAAUUGGUUCAUGAGCAUCUAAUGUUAUUUCUCCCAGGUUUAUUUAA